UGCCCCCCUUUUCUCUCUUCCUUUAUAAGUGUUUUCACCAUUACAUCUCUUCCUUCGAUCUCUUUUUUCUUUUAACUAAUUUCUUCUUCUUCUCAUCCUCCAUGGCUCCUCCUUAUCGGGACUCGUUUCCCUCCGAUCACGAUGAUCUCGAUCUUCGCUACUCUUCUUCUCAUCACCUCUUCUUCCCGAUCACCCCUCAACCUUCUUCUUCUUCCUCAUCCUCUCUUUCUUUCCCUAUUCUCGAUCAUUCCGAUGAUCCUCGCUCGAUAGAGCUCAAACAUGAGGGUGGUGGGAUUAUGGCUUGUAACAAUGAUCAAAUUAUUGGGAAUAAUCAUGAAGAUGAUGUGGAAACUGGGCUAAGGUUUACAAUUUGGAAGCAGAUUGAUAAAAGAGAAAGUUCAAGCUGUUGUGAGAAUAAUAAUAAUAAUAAUACUCAUAAUGAUUUGGUGAAGUGGUCUUCUUCUUCUUCCUCCUCCAAGAUCAAAUUCCUAAUAAAUUCUAACCAAACGGAGACCGCCACCCGAACAAUCGACAGUGGUCGGAAUUUCCAAGAUCUCAACCAGACAUCACCGACGCCGUCACCGUCAUCAUUCGAUCAAACGAACAAACGAACAAGCACGGCACUACAAGACGGCGGUGCCAUAAUCAGAACCUGUUCCGAUUGUAACACCACAAAAACUCCCCUUUGGAGGAGCGGCCCUAGAGGUCCUAAGUCACUUUGCAACGCCUGUGGAAUCCGGCAGAGAAAAGCAAGACGAGCGAUGGCAGAAGCCGCGGCCGCUGCCGCAAACGGUGAAAAGCCAGCGGCUGUAGUUUUGAAGAGCAACAAGGCAGUACAACACAAGAUAAUGACGAAGUCGGCCGUGGCGACGACAACGACGACGUUGAAGAGAAAAUGCAAAGACGCGGUGGUACAGGGCGAAGGUGGAGGCGGCGACAGCGGCGGAGGAAGAAAGAAUCUUUGUUUUGAAGAGAUAAAAAUCGGGAGGCGAUUGAGCGAGAUUUCUUCAUCUUACCAAAGAGUUUUCCCACAAGAUGAAAGAGAAGCUGCCAUUUUGCUCAUGACUCUAUCUUAUGGCCUUCUUCAUGGUUAAAUUAAUCAUUUUAAUAUAUUAUUAUUAUUAUUAUAUUCUUUUUUAUUUUAUUGCUUUUUUUUUUUUGUGAGUUUAAUUUCCUAUUUCUAAAUGCUAAUGCAUCUUGAGGAUAAAAAAUUUUCAAAUAAUUAGAAUAAAGACCAUUGAGAAAAAUAAUCUUGUAUUUGUACUUAUUUAUUUUCAUCUAUAUAAAUAUAUAGAAGUGUGUGUA